CGCCUGCGCAUUAACGUGGCCAAGCUGUUUGAAUAGUGACGCUUCAUUCAACAAUAAGCUCAUUCAACAAAACGCUAGAUACACUACUACUGUGCACUGGCGCAACGUUACUACUUGGGGGCCCUCUCCAUAUUUUCUCCUGUAAUGUUUACAUAGGCAUCUCAUUAAAACAUUGGAGUUGCAGCAACCGGACAUCUAGGAGUUUUUUCCCUCCCGAUUUGAAUAUAUCAUCAUGGCAAAUACUUUGGCAAACACGCGUUUAGCACUACUCAUCUUCGUUGUCUUUGUGACGACCUGUCUGGCAGUGACAGCAUCUAAGAAAAGUCAAAAUUUAAUUUCACAUGUUGAAGAUUUGAAAGACUUUAAAAAGUUAUUGAGGACAAAAACUAAUUUACUUGUGAUAUUAACUAAAACAGAAAAAUCUUUGUCUUCCAUUUUACCUGUGAUACAGACAACUGCUGAAGAAAUGAAAGGCAAAGCCACAUUAAUUACCAUUGACUGCAGUGUCGCAAAGAAACUUUGCAGAAAACUGAAAAUGUCAUCAAACAGCUUUGAUAUUAAACAUUAUCAUGAUGGAGAAUUUAAUCGAAACUAUGACCGCAAAUUAACUGUAAAAUCAAUGAUAAAGUUUCUUCAAGAUCCUAAAGGAGAUAUUCCAUGGGAUGAAGACCCAGAAGCUGAAAACAUCGUCCACGUAGAGAGUGAACAGAAACUUAACAAAAUGUUGAAGAAACAAAGGCUGCCAAUGCUGCUUAUGUUCUACGCACCUUGGUGUGGUUUCUGUAAAAGAUUAAAACCAGAGUUUUCUGCUGCUGCUACAGAAUUGAAAGGAAAAGCAAUUUUAGCUGGUCUUGAUGCAGACAACCCUCAGUUUUUCCAGUUAAGAUUGCAGUACAACAUCACUGGCUUCCCAACUAUCUUUUACUUUGAAAAUGGAAAAUCAUUAUUUCAGUAUGGCGGGGAAAAUACAAGAAGUGGAAUCGUUAAAUGGAUGUCAAACCCUACACCACCAAAGGAAGCAGAAAAAGACGCAUCUUUGUUUGAUGAUGAGUCAAAUGUUGAACAUUUGUCAAAGAUCAACUUUGACAGCUUUCUAGCGGAACACUCGUCAGUCCUUGUGAUGUUUUAUGCUCCAUGGUGUGGUCAUUGUAAGAAAAUGAAACCUGAAUAUAUUGAAGCGGCUGCAACAUUAAAAGAAGAAAAUAUUGAAGGAGCUUUAGCUGCUAUUGAUUCCACCCAAGAAAGCCAAAUCAGUGAACGGUUUAAAAUUAAAGGAUUUCCCACUGUAAAAUACUUUCGCAAUGGAGAAUAUAUGUGGGACUUCAAUGAAAGAAAAGCUUCUGACAUUGUUUCCUUUAUGAAAGAUCCCAAAGAACCACCACCUCCACCUCCACCAGAACCCAGGUGGGCAGAUACUGAGAGUGAUGUUCAUCAUUUGACUGCAGAAAACUUCAAAACUUUUCUGAAGAAGAAGAAACAUAGCUUAGUAAUGUUUUAUGCUCCAUGGUGUGGACACUGUAAGAAAGCUAAACCAGAAUUCACAGAAGCUGCUUUACAAUUGAAAGAUGAACCUAAGCUUGCUAUAUGUGCUGUGGACUGCACAGAACAUACUUCUUUGUGUACAGCUCAUGAUGUGAAAGGUUAUCCUACCCUGAAGUACUUCAAUUAUGGCAAGAACCCACAAGACUACAUGGGUGGCAGAACAACAACAGAUUUUGUAAAUUUCUUGAAAUCUCCAAAUGCUCCUCCUACACCAGAGCCAGUUCCUAAGAUGUCACCACAAGAAGAAUUUUGGCUAAAAGAAGUUGGGCCUUCUUUCAAAGAUGUCAUUUUGUUAUCUUCUACUUCAUUUGAUCACUUUAUCAGUGAGAAUCCUUCAGCCCUAGUAUUUUUCUAUUCACGCAAACGACCUGACACAGAACUUAUGAAAGAGUUUUCCAUGACAGCAACUUUCCUUAAGGCUGGAGAGAGCACUGACGUUUUUGCUGCAGUGGACAGAUCUGCAGACAAAGGUUUGGCAGACAAAUUUGUUGGGUCAAGAUCUCAUGUCUUGAAAUAUUUCAAAAAUGGAGAAGCAAUGUCAGAAUGUAUGGGUAAAACUGUUAAAGAACUGUCAGAAUUUAUGAUGAACCCAUUGGCAGAUAAUUGGCACUCAUCAUCAUCCAGUAACACUUAUAACCCAAAUGCAGCUAACUUUCAGAAAACAUUAUCUAAAAACACACAUGUCUUUGUGGCGUUCCAUGUCAGUAAAUGCUCCAACUGUGAACGGAUUAAAAAUGAAUUUCUCACAACUGCAGAUGAAAUGGUGAAACAUAAAAGUUUCGCUUUUGCGGCUGUUAAUUGUGAUUUUAAUUCAGGUAAGUUUAUUAUUUUCUAAAUAUAUCCCACAGGU